AUGGAAGAGCGAUUACACUUAUUGAACAUUUUUCAAGAACAGACUGCCCAAUAUUUUGAUAAAAUUUAUCAUCAAAUAACAGUCCCAAUACUCAUGAAUAGCAUUAAUAAUUCCAAUACGGAAAUUACCAUAUGCAAAAUUAAAUUAUUGAUCCGAACUUGGAGAUCUCUUUAUAAACUAAGAAAAAAACAAGACAAGGAACAAUGUUAUUUCACGUGGUGUCCCAUGAUGAUGAUGAGUAAACAAAUGGCACAGGAAGAACCAAAUACCCUGUUACAAAAACAAGCGCUCACGACUUUUAAAAAGAAAUUUAAAAAAACAAUUGUAAAUGAAUUGGAAAAGAAUGAAGAAAUGAGAAGGAAACAAAACAUGGUGGACAAGUUACGGAAAAUUGACUACUAUGAUCGAAAGAAUCAACAAUCCAAGUGGUCCACACUGUAUGCUGUUGAGCACGAUGCGUCAACUUCUGGAAUGGAACUCAGAUUUUUUGAUUUGGAAAAUGUUGAGAAGGAAAUUCAUGAAAUGGUGCAAACAUUCAAUGAUUUCAACCACAAGUCACAAAAAGUUCACAAGUUGGAAUGGGAUGAGCCUCUAUUUAUUACAAGUAGAAUUUCUCAAGUCUAUUCUGCACCGUUUGAAUUGUCAUCCUCUCAAAAAACAUCGAAAAGAAAGAUCGCACCACCAUCCAUAUCUUGUUUGGAAAAUUGUAAAUAUUUCGUUCCUGAUACGAACGUAGAUGCUUCUAAUUUAUUUGAAGAGGAAAAGGUAACGAUCGACCGUAUCAUGCUAACUAGCUGUCUAGACAUGGAAAUGUUGAAAAAAUUACGUCAAAUUAAUGCAGAAACUCCAGUAAUAGCCAAAGACGCGGACGAUGAAUCAACAAGAGCCAGUGGUUCUGUAUUUAUUAGGGUACCGAUACAGGUGAGUGGUGAGGAUCAUAUGGAAGAUAAGUCUUCCAAAAUAAGACCCAUUCUAUUUCAGAGCAAGUUACAGCAGUUAAGAGAAGCAAUAUUGAGGCAUGAGUGA